CAUCCCUGGGGGACUUGGAGUUCUCUCAUUCCAAUCAUUCCAGUCUCAGCGAACAAUCGGCCCUCAGUUAUUUAAUAGCAGCGCGAUCUCUCGCACGGCUCAGUCUGUUGUGAGAUCUUCUCAGACGCACACCGUAGCAGCGCGCGCUCUCUCUCUCUCUCUCUCUCUCUCUCUCUCUCUCUCUCAGAGCAACAAAUACUCUACAUAAUCUGCAGUUCCACUACAUUUUAUUAGGAUUAUUUGUUUUCCGUCAGCAAGAAACAUAAACAAUAUACGCCGUGAACAACUUGCUUCCGUGGUGAGAAUGUAAAUUGAUCUGUGGUUUAUUACGAAUCCAAAACAUCCAACUCUUCAACACGUCCAUUCACGUAUCUCUGAUUGACUGAGAUGAGAACUGCUGAGGAGUCUUCUGGCACGGUCCUGCACCGUCUAAUCCAGGAGCACCUCCGUUACGGGAACCCCACAGACACCCGUACCCUCCUGGCCAUCCAGCAGCAGGCCCUGCGUGGAGGCAGCAACAGCAGCGGAGGAGGCGGUACCGGAUCACCCCGCUCCUCUCUGGAGAGCCUGACCCAGGAAGAGUCCCAGUUCAUCCACAUGUCCACCAGACAGGACCCCCAGGGCCAGGAGUACCAGGGGGACUACAAACACUGUGAGAGGGACUCCGUGUGUCACCUCUACCAGCUCCACAGACAUGGAGAGGAGCUGCCCACCUAUGAGGAGGCCAAGGCUCACUCUCAGUACCUGGCCUCGGUAGGGGCCCAGCAGGGUCAGCCUCAGCUGGGACCUGAGAUGAUGGAUCACCAGGGAGAUGGCCAGUGGGACCUGAAACGGAAGCACGCCCGGAGCCUCAGUGAGCGUCUCAUGCAACUCUCCCUGGAGAGAUCAAGCAGAGACAUUCAGCCUCUCAGCUCCUCUCACAGUUACCCUCAACUGUCUAAUGGCCACUCUGGGCCUGUUGAACACCAGGGGCCAGAGCUUCAGAGGGGACCUCCCCCAGACUACCCCUUCCUGGUCAGGCCUCCUGGAUACAUGCUCAGCCACUCACAGGAGACACACGGACACUACUAUCAGGAACCACCUCCCGCAUUCCAAUCACAGCACAGGUACGUACCUUCCCAGCCCCAGGCCGAGAUGGUUCGACACAGUGUCCACUAUGGUCCAGAGGUCUACAUGAGCCACAGCAACCCCAGUACUCACAACAACACUGCCCAAAUGGACCUGUUGAGGGAGAACGAGAGACUAAGGAAAGAGUUGGAGGUGUACAGCGAGAAGGCCGCCAGACUUCAGAAGCUGGAAGUAGAGAUCCAGAGGAUAUCUGAGGCCUACGAGACCCUGAUGAAGGGCUCAGCCAAGAGAGAGACCCUGGAGAAAACCAUGAGGAACAAACUGGAGUCAGAGAUCAAGAGACUGCACGACUUCAACAGAGACCUCAGAGAUCGUCUGGACAACGCUACCAAACAGCAGGAUGUUGAAUCGGCAGACAGGAAACAGCAGGUCUUCACCAAACUCCUGGAACAAAAUGAGGAACAGCAGCGGGAGGUGCAGCGUCUGCGUGGCUCCGGGGACGAGUGGCUUCGGCGCCGGGAGGUGCUGGAACAGGCCCUGGGGUCGGCACAGGCCCAUAACCUGGCCCUGGAGGAGGAGCUUAGGAGGAAGAGGGCGUACGUAGAGAAGGUAAAGCGGCUGCAGAGUUCCCUGGGCCAGCUACAGGCAGCCUGUGAGAAGAGAGAGGCCCUGGAACUGAGGCUGAGGACCAGGCUGGAGCAGGAGCUGAAGAGCCUCCGAUCAGCACAGUCCCACAGCACGGCUAGCGGUCCUGGCUCCCUGCCCUCAGAUCUGAGCUCCAUGGUGUCUGUACAGCAGCAGCAGCUGGCUGAGAGAGAAGAGAGGAUCCUGGCUCUGGAGGCUGACAUCACACACUGGGAACAGAAGUACCUGGAGGAGAGCACCAUGAGGCAGUUCGCUAUGGACGCAGCCGCCACCACUGCAGCUCAGAGAGACAGCAGCGUCAUCAAACACUCGCCUCGUCACUCACCCAACAACAGCUUCAACGACCACCUGCCAUUCAGCCACAGACACCAGGAGAUGGAGAACAGAGUCCGAGCGCUGCACUCCCAGCUCCUGGAGAAGGAUGCAGUGAUCCGGGUGUUACAGCAACGAACUGGACGGGAGCAGAACAGGCUAGAGCAGCAGGCAGCAGGCACCGAGCAACAUUACCUCCGUCCAGCCAGGUCCGUCCCCUCCAUCAGCACCGAGCAGCAGGACCUCCGUCCAGCCAGGUCCAUCCCCUCCAUCGGCACCGAGCAGCAGGACCUCCGUCCAGCCAGGUCCGUCCCCUCCAUCAGCACCGAGCAGCAGGACCUCCGUCCAGCCAGGUCCGUCCUCUCCAUCAACACUGAUGGCCCAGUGGAGCAACCCAUCCAGGGGAAAGGAAAGAGCCUCUCUGAUGACCAGACGGCUGCUGCAAUGUCUCCUCUCUCCCUGCCCCCGCACCAACACCCCUGCGCCCCGUUGGCCCUGCCCGCCCUGUUGCUCCUGUCCAAGCCCCAGAGCAGGGACUGCAGCACCCAGUGUGACCGUGAUGUCCUAGCCCAGGAGACGCAUCUUACAGUGGAUCCCACCAGCAUGCUAGCACCCUCUGAGACUUCCUCGACCUCAACACCUGCCUCCGAGCACUUCCUGGCACCACUCAACACACACCAGAGCUCCAGAAGUUCAGACUCAGCAGCAGAAGUGGUGGAAAUCCUAAUUUAAGAAACGCCGAACUGUGGGAUCCGCUGUGGGAUGAAUGGUGACAACACGGUAGACGACCGAGAGAUCCUCAUGUCCUGUAUGUCCCUCCCAACGAGGAGAAGACAACUUGUCUCUCUGUCUGUCUCUGGUCAGACUGACCUCCAGAUGGACACUUCCUUUGGAGAAGGACAUACAGUUUGGAGACAGUGUGGAGAAUGUUUGGAGACAUGGACAUGUUCUCCCUACCUAUGUACCUACCUAACUACCUACCUAACUACCUACCUAACUACCUACCUACCUAAAUACCUACCUAUGUACCUACCUACGUACCUACCUACCUAACUACCUACCUAGCUACCUACCUACCUACCUACAUAACUAUCUACCUAAGUACCUACAUACCUAACUAUCUACCUACGUACCUACAUACCUAACUAUCUACCUACGUACCUACGUACGUACGUACCUGCCUACCUACCUACCUACCUACCUACGUACCUACCUACCUACCUACCUACCUAUCUAUCUAUCUAUCUAUCUAUCUAUCUACCUACCUACCUACCUACCUACCUACCUACCUACCUACCUACCUACCUACCUACCUACCUACCUACCUACCUACCUACCUACCUACCUACCUAUCUAUCUACCUACCUACCUACCUAACUACCUAUCUACCUACCUACCUACCUAUCUACCUACCUACCUACCUAUCUACCUACCUACCUAACUAUCUACCUACCUAACUACCUACCUACCUAACUAUCUACCUACCUACCUACCUACCUACCUUCCUACCUACCUACCUACCUACCUACCUACCUACCUACCUACCUAUCUACCUACCUACCUACCUACCUUCCUACCUUCCUUCCUACCUACGAGGGAAGAAUCCAGAAGUGGAUCCAGAAGUGUUUAGCAGACAGAGCCGAGUGGAGAGCUGCUCUUCCCUGGACCGUUUCUCCCUUUUCCACCUAGAAAAGUGAAGAGGAACUUUAGUUGUCUGUGUUCUCUAGUGGACCUGCUAGUGGACCUGCCAGGUGUUCUCUAGUGUACCUGCUAGUGGACCUGCCAGGUGUUCUCUAGUGGACCUGCUAGUGGACCUGCCAGGUGUUCUCUAGUGGACCUGCUAGUGGACCUGCCAGGUGUUCUCUAGUGGACCUGCUAGUGGACCUGCCAGGUGUUCUCUAGUGGACCUGCCAGGUGUUCUCUAGUGGACCUGCUAGUGGACCUGCUAGUGGACCUGCCAGGUGUUCUCUAGUGAACCUGCUAGUGGACCUGCCAGGUGUUCUCUAGUGGACCUGCCAGGUGUUCUCUAGUGGACUUGCUAGUGGACUUGCUAGGUUUAACUAGGGGACCUGCCAGGUGUAACUAGUGGACAUGCCAGGUGUCACUAGUGGACCUGCCAGGUAUGACUAGUGGACCUGCCAGGUGUGACUAGUGGACCUGCCAGGUAAAACUAGUGGACCUGCUAGUGGACCUGCAAGGUAUAACUAGAGGACCUGACAGGUGUUACUAGUGGACCUGCCAUGUAUACUAGUGGACCUGCCAGGUGUUCUCUAGUCGACCUGCCAGGUGUUGCUAGUGGACCUGCCAGGUAUUACUAGUGGACCUGCCAGGUGUAACUAAUGGACCUGCCAGUUGUUCUCUAGUGGACCUGCCAGGUGUAACUAGUGGACCUGCUAGUGGACCUGUCAGGUGUUCUCUAGUGGACCUGCCAGGUGUUCUCUAGUGGACCUGCCAGGUGUUCUCUAGUGGACCUGCCAGGUGUUACUAGUGGACCUGAACGGUGUUCUGUAGUGGACCUGCCAGGUGUACCUAGUGGACCUGCCAGGUGUGACUAUGACAGUCUCCAAUCUAAAAGCCUCCAAGGUGCACGGACAGGAUUCUGCAUCGCUGCACAAGCCUGUAUGUCAUUCGUGUUAUGUUUUAAUUUAAUGUAUUUAUAUUCUUAUUAAAUUGUGAACAUAUAUCAUUG